AUGGCCAUGAAGCACUUUAAAUCUCCUACAAAAGAAAGCUGCAGCCCCUCUGAAGGAGAUGACACCAAGGCACUCAUUCAACCAAGGACGUGUUCACCUCCAGUGAAUAUAUCUGGGCCUCUAGAUCAUUCAUCACCAAAACAGCAAUGGGAUCGACUGUACCCAGAUAUGCUGCAUUCCAGCGCAGCCUUGACUCUUGCUCAGUCAAAAGAGAGCAUUAGUAGUAUGCGGAGAGCAUCUUCAGUGCACAACAUAGAAGGAUUUACCAUCCAUCCCAAGAACAUGUUUAGGGAUCGGCAUGCUAGUGAAGAUAAUGGUCGCAAUGUCAAAGUUUCACGCUCCUGGAUGGCAGGGGGUCCUUUUAACCAUAUCAAGUCAAGUCUAUUAGGAUCUACAUCUGAUUCAAACCUCAACAAAUACAGCACCAUCAAUAAGAUUCCCCAGCUCACUCUAAAUUUUUCUGAUAUCAAAAAUGAAAAAAAGGCAUCAUCACCUCCAUCAUCAGAGAAAACAAUUAUUGCACCCAAAGUGAAAGAAAGAACACACAAUGUCACGGAAAAGGUUACACAGGUCCUAUCUUUGGGAGCUGACGUACUACCAGAAUAUAAGCUCCAAACACCUCGCAUCAACAAGUUUACAAUAUUGCACUACAGUCCUUUCAAAGCAGUCUGGGACUGGCUCAUUUUACUGCUUGUGAUCUACACUGCCAUCUUCACCCCUUACUCUGCAGCUUUCCUUCUCAAUGACAGCGAAGAACAGAAGAGGCGAGUGUGUGGCUAUUCCUGCAAUCCCUUGAACAUGGUAGACUUAAUUGUGGAUAUUAUGUUUAUCAUUGACAUUCUCAUAAACUUCCGAACAACAUAUGUCAACCAGAAUGAAGAAGUGGUAAGUGACCCGGCGAGAAUAGCAAUUCACUACUUCAAAGGCUGGUUCCUAAUUGACAUGGUUGCUGCAAUACCUUUUGACCUGCUGAUCUUUGGAUCUGGCUCAGAUGAGACAACAACCCUCAUUGGCCUUCUGAAGACAGCCCGUCUACUGCGUUUAGUGAGGGUUGCUCGAAAACUGGACAGAUACUCAGAGUAUGGUGCGGCUGUCUUGAUGUUACUGAUGUGCAUCUUUGCACUCAUUGCUCACUGGCUGGCUUGCAUUUGGUAUGCCAUCGGGAAUGUUGAAAGGCAUUACUUGUCUCGCAAAAUUGGCUGGUUGGACUCCCUGGGACAGCAGCUGGGAAAACAUUACAAUCGGAGUGAUGGCAGCUCAGGACCGUCCAUCAAAGACAAAUAUGUCACCGCACUUUAUUUUACCUUCAGCAGCCUGACCAGUGUAGGAUUUGGAAAUGUGUCUCCAAAUACCAACUCAGAGAAAAUCUUUUCUAUUUGCGUCAUGCUGAUUGGCUCAUUAAUGUAUGCAAGCAUUUUUGGAAAUGUAUCUGCAAUAAUCCAAAGACUAUAUUCUGGAACGGCACGGUAUCACAUGCAGAUGCUACGUGUGAAAGAGUUCAUUCGCUUUCAUCAGAUUCCCAACCCACUGAGGCAGCGGCUCGAAGAAUAUUUCCAGCAUGCAUGGACGUACACCAAUGGCAUUGACAUGAACAUGGUCCUAAAGGGGUUUCCAGAAUGUUUGCAAGCUGAUAUCUGUCUCCACCUCAACCAAAGUUUACUUCAGAACUGCAAAGCUUUCCAGGGGGCGAGUAAAGGGUGUCUCCGGGCUCUGGCUAUGAAGUUUAAGACAACUCAUGCACCUCCUGGGGACACACUAGUCCAUUGUGGCGAUAUUCUGACUGCACUUUACUUCCUUUCCCGAGGCUCCAUUGAAAUCCUCAAGAAUGACAUGGUUGUAGCAAUUCUCGGCAAAAAUGACAUUUUUGGAGAGAUGGUCCAUCUUUAUGCAAAACCAGGAAAGUCAAAUGCAGAUGUGAGAGCACUAACCUACUGUGACUUGCAUAAAAUCCAACGAGAAGACUUAUUAGAGGUUUUGGAUAUGUAUCCUGAAUUUUCAGACCUGUUUCUCACCAAUUUAGAACUCACUUUCAACUUGAGACAUGAAAACGCAAAAGCUGAUCUCACAAUAAGGCGACAGACCACAAAUGAUUCGGAUGGAGACAAUGGUAAACUCCGAAGAAGGAAAUUGUCUUUUGAAAGUGACAUGGAGAAAGCGGAUUAUGACAAAGAAGAUGAGAAUUCUGUGGACAACAACAGGCAUUGUCGGGCCAUCGAGAAACAUUAUGUGGAAAAAAGAAGCAGGUCAUCAUCUUUUGUGUCAUCCACAGAUGAUGAGCAGAAACCUUUGUUUUCUGAGAUAAUAAGCUACCCAGCUGGAUUAGGCAAGGCUGCAGUGUUGGAUUUUGAAGAAAUAGUAAAUGCAGCCGAAAGAAUCCAGAGUGAUCCACAAAGUCACACCUGUAAAGAUAUCAGGGACCGAAGAACCUGGGAGGAGGAUCAGAGCACAAGUCAUCAAGAAUCAUCCUAUCCGUCUGCAUUACCUCAUGUCACCUGGGGAAUCUCUGAGACAGAAAGUGAAGUCAACUAUGGUGAAGUGGAGCAGAGGCUAGAUCUACUUCAAGACCAACUCAGCAGGCUUGAAUCCCAAAUGACAGCUGACAUUCAAACCAUCUUACAGCUGUUGCAGAGACAGUCAGCCCUCAUCCCACCUGCUUAUAGCAUGGUGAUGGCAAGUGCAGAUUAUCAGAAACCAGCUGUCCGGCUACUGCGACGUCUUCAUCCCAUCGCAUCAAUUAAAACAGACCGAAGCUUCAGUCCUUCCCAGGGUCCCAAAUUCUUGGAUCUUGAAAAAUUGAAACAGAAAUCCAAAGAAUCCCUCUCAAGCGGAGAGCAUCUUCACCUGGCCUCAGAAGAUAACCUGGUUUCCCUUUUGGAGCAGGAGCGCAACCUCUCUUUAGAGCCAACCCCGUCACUCCGUAAGACCUACCUCCACCCAAAUAGGCACCCAUCCUUGCCCGAUUCUCCCCUAAGCACGACAGGAAUGGUGGGUCUCCAUAGGCAUGUCUCUGAUCCUGGUCUUCCUGGGAAAUGACCCUUUUGCAUUCUUACAUCACCUAAAAUGUAAGUGCUUUUAAUGUCUGGGGG